CACGGAUGGCCGCGCCCAUCGUGACUUCCGGAAUAAGCAAAAUGAGGCUCGUGGCUUGCUACACUACACUGUUCCUGUCUCUCUUCAGCCUGACUGACCAGGCUAAAGGUCAACCUAAACCCCUAGUGGCUCAAGGGACGGACUGCAGCAACAUCAGAGAUCUGUCCCCCACAGCAGCCAGUGGGGUCUACCUCAUCCAGCCCCCAGGGGUCAGGGGGCCUUUCAAGGUCUACUGUGAGAUGCUGCCCGACGGAGGCUGGACGGUGUUUCAGCAGCGUACUGGGAGAGACAUUUCCUUCGACAGGAAAUGGGCCAAAUACAAACAUGGUUUUGGCAAUCUACGACAGGACCACUGGCUGGGCCUGUGUAAAGUCUACGCUUUAACCAAGACCAGGAGGUGGACCAUGAAGGUGAACCUGUGGGACUUUGAAGGGGGCGAUGACUUCAAGCUGGGUGGCUUGAGGAGUUCCUACAGGAUGACGGUUGGAGACUACAGGGGAAACGCAGGUGAUGCCAUCCGUGGGCAUUUCCCCGGAGUCGACCAGAACGGUUUUGGCUUUAGCACCUUCGGUGACAUUGCAGUGAAUGAUUGUACUUCCUCUAUGGGAGGGGGCUGGUGGUACAGUCGCUGUGGAUCUGCCAGCCUCAACGGUGACUGGCACCCUACAGGAGAGAACAGGGGCUGGGCGUCUGGCCUCCACUGGCUCACCUGGAGGGGGCCCGGCCCCUACUCAGCCAGCGCCUCACGCAUGAUGAUCAAGACUAUUUAGAUCUCAUUCUACAACAUGAGGAGCAGGACUUACUUGAGACUGGUGUUUGGACUGCUGUGUCUCCUCAACCUGACUGAGCAAGUACGCGGACAGAAUGUGAGUAGGACAGGAACUGUCUCCUCAUUGUGUGAAUUGGUAAAAUGUCCUCGCCAGCACUUGGUCCCAGUACUACACUGGACUAGAUCUCCUUGUUUUCACUAUUUAGUCAGGUCCGAACCCUGCCUGUCCGACCCCUGCCUGUCUGACGCCUGCUCGUCCGACCCCUGCUCGUCCGACGCCUGCACGUCCGACCCCUGCUCGUCCGACCCCUGCUAGUCCGACCCCUGCUCGUCCGACCCCUGCACGUCCGACCCCUGCUCGUCCGACCCCUGCACGUCCGACCCCUGCUCGUCCGAC